AGGAGAUCAGAGGAGAAUCUUAUAUCUUCAGAUUAUAAAGCAGAUGAUGAUAUCACACAAGAUACAUAUGAAGAACAUUCCAUUAUCCCAGAUACACCCUCAGCCCUUCACAGCCAAGAUCUGUCAUCUCAUCCUUAUAUACAGGUCCUGUCUUCUCAGUCAUCACAGGAUGUUCAGCAAAAUAAAAGCCGCAGAAGGAAUGAUGGACAUCAAAAAGCUAAUACAAGGGAAAAGCCAGUGUCAUGUUUAGAGUGUGGGAAAUGUUUUACUUAUAAAUCACAUCUUGUUAGACAUCAAAGAACUCACACAGGAGAGAAAUCAUAUUCAUGCUCAGAAUGUGGAAAAUGUUUCACUCAGAAAUCAAAUCUUAUUGAGCAUCAAAGAACUCACACAGGAGAGAAGCCGUUUUCCUGUUCAGAAUGUGGAAAAUGUUUUACUCAUCAAAAAAGUCUUAUUAGACAUCAAAGAACUCACACAAGGGACAAGCCAUUUUCAUGUUCAGAAUGUGGGAAAUGUUUUACUUUUAAAUUAGAACUUCUUGUACAUCAAAGAACUCACACAGGGGACAAGCCAUUUACAUGCUCAGAAUGUGGAAAAUGUUUUACUCAUCAGCAAAGUCUUAUUAGACAUCAAAGAACUCAUACAGGGGAGACGCAAUUUUCAUGUUCAGAAUGUGGGAAAUAUUUUCCUUUUAAAUCAGGUCUUGUUAAACAUCAAAGAACUCACACAGGAGAGAAGCCAUUUUCAUGCUCAGACUGUGGGAAAUGUUUUCCUUUUAAAUCAUGUCUUAUUAGACAUCAAAAAACUCACACAGGGGACAAGCCAUUUUCAUGCUCAGAAUGUGGGAAAUGUUUUCCUUUUAAAUCAGGUCUUGUUAAACAUCAAAGAACUCACACAGGAGAGAAGCCAUUUUCAUGCUCAGAAUGUGGGAAAUGUUUUACUUUUAAAUCAGGUCUUAUUAGACAUCAAAAAACUCACACAGGGGACAAGCCAUUUUCAUGUUCAGAAUGUGGGAAAUGUUUUACUUUUAAAUCAGAUCUUGUUGUACAUCAAAGAACUCACACAGGAGAGAAGCCAUUUUCAUGUUCAGAAUGUGGAAAAUGUUUUACUCAUCAGCUAAGUCUUAUUAAACAUCAAAGAACUCACACAGGGGACAAGUCAUUUUCAUGUUCAGAAUGUGGAAAAUGUUUUACUUGGAAAUCAGAUCUUGUUCGACAUCAAAGAGCUCACACAGGGAAAAAGCCAUUUUCAUGUUCAGAAUGUGGAAAAUGUUUUGCUUUGAAAUCAUAUCUUGUUCAACAUCAAAGAACUCACACUGGAGAGAAGCCAUUUUUAUGUUCAGAAUGUGGAAAAUGUUUUACUGGGAAAACAUAUCUUGUUCUGCAUCAAAGAACUCACACAGGGGAGAAGCCAUUUUCAUGUUCAGAAUGUGGAAAAUGUUUUACUAGGAAAUCAGAUCUUGCUCAACAUCAAAGAACUCACACAGGGGAAAAGCCAUUUUCAUGUUCAGAAUGUGGAAAAUGCUUUAUUUUGAAAUCAUAUCUUGUUCAACAUCAAAGAACUCACACAGGGGAGAAGCCAUUUUCAUGUUCAGAAUGUGUUAAAUGUUUUACUAAGAAAACAUAUCUUGUUCAACAUCAAAAAACUCACACAGCGGGGCAUGGCUUGGAUGGUGAUCUGAGUGGUCGCACUCCACUGUGAUACCACGGGCCCGACCAAAUUUCACCCUGAUUUCACCUCCUGAGGGCCCUCACUUACCCCCUCUGUGGUCCGGUGGCAUAGCAGAAGCAGUGUGGCAGUGGCGGGCGCAGCUUGGAGACUGACCGGAGCGGGAGCGGAGCAGAAGCUGUG